UAUUUUUGACUACUUUAAUCCAAAAUGAAAAAGUAUCCCACAUCGAAGGACAACUACGUUACCGAAUUAUAAAAGCGCCACGCCAACCAUGGGACCCACAUGGCCGCUUCUUCCACCUCUCGUACAAAACUAUAGACGUGGAUUCAUAAUCCACCACCGCACUCUAUCAAUUUUCCCACCAGUGAUCCCAAAACCUUAUUCAAAUCUCCCAAAAUACCUCUCUCCCCGAGAUUCUUGGAAUCCCUAAUCUUCAUGCAAUAAUCUUACUUUUGAUUUUUGAAAUAGUGUUUCUCAUCCAGUGAUGGCUGCAGCGGCGCGUGCUAUUCGCUGUGAACUGAGGAGUACUCCGAAGUUGACAUCGGGUGGAGGGUCGGAACUCGUCGAUGUUCCAGCGAGGAUCUCGGUCGCCAAACCUAAUCCAGCGGCGAUGGAAUCGGAGAACGCGAAGAUCGUUUUACAACCCCGGCUUUGUACUCUGAGGUCGUACGGAUCAGAUCCGAUUGGAGUGGUGAUGAAGACUCGGUCGGAGGAGCUUGGUGAUGAGAUUUCUCCGUUCUUUGCAACCUUAUCGGAGUACAUCGAGAGCUCGAAGAAGAGCCAAGACUUUGAGAUCAUUUCUGGUAGACUAGCUAUGAUAAUAUUUGCGGUAACUGUGGGGACAGAAGUAGUGACAGGAAAUUCAUUGUUUAGAAAGGUUGAUGUGGUUGGGAUAGAGGAAGCAGCAGGGGUUUGCUUGGCAGCGGUGGCAUUCGCAGCUACUUUCGCGUGGUUCUCCAGUGCUCGAAACAAGGUCGGACGGAUGUUCAGCCUCACUUGCAACACCUUCUUUGAUACUCUCAUCGACCAAAUCGUUGAUGGCUUGUUCUACGAAACCGACCUCACUGACUGGUCCGAUGACAUAUAAUACAACAAUUAUACUACUCCUCCACCAAAACGUGUAUAGCUAAUAAUAUAUAUACAAUAUAAAAGGUUCCAUAUAGUAGUGAUGAAAUUUCAUAUGCCUACCGUGAUAAAUUUUAAUCUUAUCUGUUUCUACUAUCAACUAAAUUAUGAGGGUUACGACAUAUAUUAAUUAAUAUAUAUAAAAGAAUUUAAUUGUGAUUGGAAGAGAUUAAUUAUAUUGUAUAAUAAUAAUAUUGUAUAGAAGUGCAGCUAAUAACUUGCACUCUCGAAUUUAUAUCUAUCUCCGACUCCGUAUUUCA